AUGGCCAAGGUGCCCAACCCUGAAGUAAACAUCGUCGAAAGCACGGUGUACACAGAUCCGGAGGCCGAGAGGUCCUAUCUUAGAAAAAUAGAUUUCAUAGUGCUUCCAACGUUAUGCUUGAGCAAUUUGGCAAAUGCAAAGACGGAUGGUCUGGACAAGGACUUGAAUCUGAAGGGGAAUGACUAUUCUCUAUUGAUUCUGCUCUUCUACAUCCCGUUUGGGUUGUUCGAUUUGCCGUGGAAUCUUCUGAUCAAGAGAUAUUCAGGCAGACUUAUGCUGUCUAUUAUGUCCAUUGUGUGGGGAGUUCUAGCCCUCUGCCAAUGUGCCGCUAAGGAUUUCGGCUCUCUACUUGCGAUUCGCAUCAUCUUGGGUGUUUUUGAAGCGGGGUUCUUCGCCGGAGCUACAUUUUACCUCACAUUGUUCUAUACCCGCGGAGAAAUGGGAUUCCGCCUAGCUAUUAUGCAGUCAUUUGCAGUUCUGGCGUCUGCCUUUAGCGGACUUAUCUCCUUUGGGGCUUUCCAAAUCAACAACCCUGCUGUGAAAGGCUGGCAGUGGUUGUUCAUUAUUGAGGGAUCGAUGACACUACUCAUCGGAGCUGUGGCAUUUUUCCUACUGCCCGAUGGGGUGCGAAGUGCUUGGUUUUUAUCUGGUAGAGAGAGGGCAGUAGCGACAGCACGUCUGCUUCGGGAUACCUCAUUGGAGGUUAAUACACCUUUUGAUCUCAAGUCUGCCUUUGAGUCAUGGAGCGACUGGAAGUUCCCAGUGUGGUGUCUGAUAACGUUCACAUACCCUGUUGCCUAUGCCACGGCAAUGAAUUUCUUCCCAUUGAUUGUUCAACGAUUGGGAUACUCCGUGAUCAAGACUAAUCUCUGGACGGUGGCGCCAAAUCUUGUCGGGGCAGUAUUCCUGCUGUGUGUGGCCAAGUCAUCCGACUAUUUCCGCGAACGAACACUCCACAUUGUAUUUUCUUUGACCGUUUCCUUGGUCGGAAUGAUUAUAUUGAUUGCGAUUGACGUUCAAAGGAACAAGGGGGUAGCGUACUUUGCUUGUUUCCUGAUGGCAGCAGGAUCAUAUAUUCCAUCGUGUCUCGUCCACGCAUGGCACAAUAAUAACAACGUACACGAGAAUUCGCGAGCUGCCAAUACGGGGUUUUUUGUCGGACUAGGCAAUUUCGCUGGAGUGUUGAGCGCGGCCACAUUCCGAACUCAAUAUGCUCCAAAGUAA